UCCCUUGUUGUCAUGGUAACCUAGUAUAAGCAGAACUCAAAAUGGCGACUCAAGUCCAAACAUAACAAGGCUGAAAACAAGGGAAAAAUACUACAAUAAAGGCUUCAUAAGACUGUAUUUCUAAACCACUAAACAGGAGAAAGAUAAAUAGCAAUGUCUCACACCCUUUACAACAAGCAAUGGGGGGAAACACAAGGAGGAAUCUUAGAUCUUUUGGAAAUCGAGCUACCAGCAGAGCCGGUCAAGCCAGAAAAGGAUCGUAUUGCAGCUUUUCAAAUGUUUGCUGUCAUGUAUAUAAAAUAUAUCCAAAUUUUUAGAAGGAUUGAAGAAUGUUAUGAUCAGGUCGUUCACCCUCAGAAGAGAAGAGUUCUCAGACAUCUUUUGGAUGGAAUUAUGGGAAGGGUUUUAGAAAUGAAGAAUGAAAUGGUCCAGUUAGAGUUCUCAGAAUUCCACUAUUUCGAUGAUGUUUUAUCAGAUCUCAAAUUGACUCCUGAUGAUAUUGAAAUUCCCAUCCCCAAGUACUUUAUUUAUGAAAACUCCAAAGAGUUUCAAGAAAGAGAGAAGCUUCUUGGUGGUAUCUUAGCAAAGUUGGGUCCCCAAGAGACACAUGCUGUAAAAGAAGAAGUACAAAUGACAGUUGAUGAUGCUAUCAGAAUCAUUCAGGUUCAUGAAAGAGCGCGGCAAGGUAGACUAAGAGCAAAAUUCAUGAGAGAAAUAAGACAACAAGAAGAAAGAGAGAGACAAGCCCAGUUACGAGGUGCACCAACGAUGGACCCAGAUAUUGCUGCUACUAAAAUACAAAAAAUAUGGAAGGGAUUCUCCCAGAGAAAGAAAACAAGGCAGAUGAGAGAAGAGGAGCUCAUCUUUGUUGGAAUGGCAUCCCCAGCAGCAAAGGAGUGGAAGAAUACAAUGAAACAUAAAGCAGAGAAAACUGAGGAACACAGAAGAGUAAUACAAGAAGAACAUGAACGAGAAUAUCAACAGGGUCUGGUGUCCAUCAAGGAAAAGAUCAGAGAGAUUGAAGGCCCAGACAUGAAAGAAAACAUGCAAGACCAGAUACGACAAUGGUUCAUAGAAUGCAGGGACAAAACUGGCAAGUUCCCUGAUUACCCUGACGAAGAUGAAGGAGGCUCAGCUGCAAUCUUUAAAGAAAAAGACCCCCUAGAGAUGGAGAAAGAAGAAGCUCAGAAGGAAGAGGAAGGCGGAAAGAAAGGGAAAAAGGGAAAGAAGAAAAAGGAUAAAAAAGAUAAGAAAGAUAAAAAGGACAAGAAGGGAAAAGGCAAGAAAGGCAAAGGAGGAGGAGAUAAGGAAGAGGAGGAGGGUGUCAAGAUGGCCGUGUCUAAUUUUGUGCCAACAAUAAACGAAGCAGCAACGACAUACAAAGACGUGUGGCAAUUCCGUGAUGAAGUGGGAAAUUUUGAACAGAGGUUUGAUGCAGAGCUCGUGAAAGAAGCCAAGAGGAUCGAAGUUGAAACUGAAAUCAGACAGCAAGUAGAUGAACUGAUGAAACAAGAACUAAAAAACCUAAAAAUGGCUGUAGAUAGAGACAAGGGAGGGAAAAAAGGGAAGAAAGGCAAGAAAAGUGGCAAGAAAAGUGGCAAGAAGAAAAAGAAAAAGAGCGGGAAAAAGAGUGGGAAGAAAGGAAAAAAGAAAAAGAAGGAAAAGGAUCUGACAUCUGACAGGACGAUCGAGUCGUUAUACGAAGAGCUAGUUACUGAAGGUAUUCUCGUACGACCACCCAAGGUUCAUCUACGUGACUUCACAGGAGAGUACAGUUUCCUGGGUACUACACUACGACAAGCCAACAUAGAACCCAUGCCAUCACUGUCAGAUGUUCGUCGUGUCAUAACCGAGUUUACUAUCUUACCUCUUGGAUCACAAGCUGUCCAUGAGAAAUCCCCACACUUCAAGUCAAUGCUUAUCGCUGGUCCUCGUGGUGUGGGCAAAAAGAUGCUGAUCCACUGUAUCUGUACAGAGACAGGAGCCAACAUGUUUGAUUUAACUGCCGCUAAUAUUGCUGGAAAAUACCCUGGUAAAGCUGGUCUUGCUAUGUUGCUGCACAUGGUCUUCAAGGUCGCCCGUCAGCUUCAGCCAUCUGUUGUCUACAUUGGAGAUGCAGAAAGAACAUUCGUCAAGAAAGUACCCAAGACAGACAAAACUGACCCAAAACGUCUUAAGAAAGACUUGCCCAAGAUCCUCAAGACUCUGAAACCAGAAGAUCGCGUGAUGAUUAUAGGCACAUCUCGACAACCUUUUGAUGCUGAAGUGAAGCCAUUCUGUUCUGCCUUCCAAAAGAUCAUUCUUGUCCCUAGACCCGAUUACGCAUCCAGAUAUCUCCUGUGGAGAACCCUCAUCUCUAGGUAUGCUGGUCGCAUUAGUGAUUCCAUGGAUCUCAGCUCACUGGCUAAAAUAACAGAUGGAUAUACACCAGGUCACAUGGUACAAGCAUUACAACAAGUAUUGACUGACAGGAGAAUACAACAGCUGUCCAAGCGCCCUCUGGUAGCUGCUGAAUUCGUGUCCCCCCUGGCCAGGAUAGACCCUAUUUACAAGGAAGAAGAAGAAGCUUUCAAGACUUGGUACGGCAAGACUCCUCUGGGGAAGAAACGAGCCAAAGCAGCAGCUGGUGAUGACGAUGGGGACAAGAAAGGAAAGAAAGGGAAAAAGGGAAAGAAAAGUGGCAAGAAAAAAAAGAAGUAAAGAGAAAAGAAAUCCCACUUGAAGCAGCUUUUCAUCCUAUUGUUAGAACUUUUGUAAAUAUUUAUGUCAUUGCACAUUUUCAUAAAUAAACUGUUGUUCGAUCCA